AUGGCUGAAUUCCUUCUUUCUCAUGGAGCAAAUAUCAAUGAAAAAUAUAAAGAUGGAGAAAGCGUUCUUCAUUGUGUGGCCUUUCGUAAUAAUAAAGAAACAGCCGAAUUUAUUAUUUCACGUGGCGUGAAUAUCGAUGAAAAAGAUAAAUAUGGAAGAACCGCUCUUCACUAUGCAGCGAAUAGAAAUAAUAAGGAAAUGGCCGAACUUCUUCUUUCACAUGGUGCAAAUGUCAAUGAAAAAGAUGAACUUGGAAGAACUCCUCUUCACUAUGCAAAAGAAAGUUAUAGUAGAGAAACAGCCGAGCUUCUUAUUUCACAUGGUGCAAAGAAAUAG